GCUUUGUGUGUUUUGCACUCCUCUGCCUCGUCUCCACCGCAGCAGACAGCUGAUGAAGAGCCUCUGGUGGUUUAUUUACAGCUCUGUGAAACCGGAAGCCUGGCCUGCUAAGCUAAGCUAAGUUAGCACAGAGUUAGCAUAUCAUUAGCUAGCGAGUGAGCACUUUGACCAGCGUUGUUUAUUCACACAUAACAGCUAAAAAUGAAACGAGAGGUGAACACGGGGAUAUCGUGGCGGUAGUGGCUUCUGCAGUGAAACACUUUUAAAGAAGAAGACACCGGAAACUAACCAUCACCAACCUGUGGAGAGCAGAGUUUGCACAACCUCCGCCUCUGACCCUUUUUCACCUCCACCUGUAUACGGCCAGUGUUUUGGCACACCUCCACCAUGACGACGGGGGGCUGUUGCGACCUGCCUGGCUCUCUGUGUGGCUGCGCGAGCAGCCCCGGUGUGUGGAAGAGAGUGGAGGAGGCCGGCGGCGGUGACGGGUGUCAGGCGCUCUACGUCACCCAGGUCACCGCUAUAGAUGGACGGUUGCUCUCGUCUGUUCUCAAACCCAUGAGCACACAAAGCGAUGGUCCCAUCUGCCGUAUUUGCCACGAAGGAGGCAGCAGUGAGGGUCUCCUGUCCCCGUGCCACUGCACAGGCACCCUGGGCACGGUGCACAAGAGCUGCCUGGAGAGGUGGCUGUCGUCGUCCAACACCAGCUACUGUGAGCUCUGCCACACGGAGCUCAGCAUCGAGCGCCGACCGAGGCCUCUCACAGAGGUAACAAAGUGGCUGCGGGACUCCGGCCCUCGUAAUGAGAAGAGGACGCUGUUCUGCGACAUAGUGUGCUUCCUGUUCAUCACGCCUCUAGCAGCCAUUUCAGGCUGGCUGUGCCUGAAGGGCGCUCAGGACCAUCUCCAGCUGGGCAGCUGGCUGCAGGCCGUGGGCCUCAUCGCCCUCACCAUCGCCCUCUUCACCAUCUAUGUCCUGUGGACCCUGGUGUCUUUCCGCUACCACUGUCAGCUGUACUCAGAGUGGAGACGAACAAAUCAGAAAGUACGUCUGCUCAUCCCUGAAGCCGAGGAGUCCAACUCUUCCCAGCAUUCCUUGCUCUCUGCCAAACUGAUGAAGAAGUCUGCCAAUUAGAGUAUAGUAUGAGACCAAAUUGUAGAUGGUUGAUGAGGAUGAUGUUAUGUGCAGGGGCUGAUUGUCGCCUGCCAGCCAGCCUUUAAAAACAAAAGAGUGUCUUUGCCCCAUCAGUACUUAAUUCACAUCACUUUUUAAAAAGAAAUCUGUCCCUCUGUGGGUGCAGAAAUGAGCACAUUCUAGUGGAGUCUGGGUGCUCACGCGAAGGCACCGAGGAAGGAAACAGCGCAUGGAGACGUGCACGGACCUUUACAGAGACGUCAUCAUAGAUACGAUGGUGACAGCAGGAUAAGAAAUUACCAAACUAACUUGUUCAAUGGACUGUAAAACGUUUUAAUUACGAUGACUGCGGAGUACAGCGGCUCCGUUCAUUGCUCUGCUGCAGUGAUGGAAGUGUGUAAACUGCUACGUCCAUGUCGUAUCUCGGCAUGCCCUUACCUACAUAGGCCUUGCAUUCUCUGCCCAACGUUGCCCGUUGAGGAGCAAUUAUUGUCUGAUCCCGUAUUAAUCUGGAACGGAUUUUUGAUUUAAUCACAAUCCAGAUGCCAGUAACUCUGUUUGAGAUGAAACUUUAAUUUCAGCACGAGCCUAUUGGACUUCUUUCAAGGAUGUUCUUUCUUUUCUUUUCCUGUUUUUACAUGUGAAGAGUGGAUGGUGGCUCAGCAUUAGUAAAGAGAUGAGAGUGCAACACUGUGGACAUUGAGGUCUGCACAGCACAUGAAGACACCUCUCCCAACAUGCACAGUUAUGCAUGCAAGCACUGUUGAUCAUUUUGGGGAUUAAUAUAUUUUUGUGGUUUAAAAACAAAAACUUAAACCACUUGUAUCAUCAGCACUUAGCAAGACGGUCUCGUAUAGAUCGAUGGAAAACAUCAAAAAGAGUUGUUGGGUGGCUGAUGCUUUACUGAAGCAGCCUGUUAAAGUCUGUAAUUAUAGCUGUUUAGUUCUGCUUCAUUUUUUAAAGCGACACACACACACCGCUGUGUUUGUGUUUCGCUUCCAGAAUCAGGGAAACGGAAACGUCCUGCAAGCAUUAACCGUUGAAGUCAACCGUUAGCGUCUCUUAUGUAGAUGGAAACAAACAUGUUCUGGUGUUUAGUGCUUCUGCUUCAACUUUUCCCACCAAAUAUGUCUGUCAUGGUGGGAACAUUAUGCAAGCACCGCUACGGCUUAAUCUGAUUUUAGCUUUAUUUCGUUUUUUUUACUUUCAACGAAGCCACUUGAUGCGUUUGUGCUUUUCUAAAUCCAUUUGAUGGAUGUCAACGUUUUUUGGGGUGCAAACGUGCCCUCAUUAUGUUUCCAUGUUACUGACCGGACUCAUGUGGGUCUGUAUUGGUUGUGUCUGGAGAGUAGGGAAAAGUCACCUCUCUCAUGUGUGUGUGUGUGUGUGUGUGUGUGUGUGUGUGUGUGUG